AUGUAUUGUCUUCAAGUUGCAGCUUAUCACUUGUUCUUCAACGCUUCGCGAUUAUUUUCUGUUUUCCAUAAUAUGUCGAUGGUUAAUCACGUUGGCGAAUCCAGAACCGCUUCGUUUUUGGCGAUUGCUGAUACACAACAAGCUCGGGGAGAUUUGAAUGUAACUUCUUCUGGUGCUUUCUUAGGAUCUGUAAUCCAAGAUAUUGCUAAUAAAGUUUUCUAUUCAACCGGAGGUUUGUAGCAUAAUAACUAUGCCGUCGUGUGUUGAUUUAGGAGGACAAAAAAAAAUUAUAGAUUUAAUUAGGUUUAAAAGUGUGACGAUAUAUUCAUAUUAGUCCACAGUAGUCAAAGACAAAAAUGUUACGCAAACCAAUCAUUGCCUAAAUUAGUACAUGAUAUUGAAACGUUGUACAAUUUGUAUGUAACUGGCUAAACAAAAGAAAUAAAAACGGAAAAUUACGGCCCGAC